AUGGCAUCUUGGGAAGACGAAGAAAUUUCAGAUGAAGAAUUUAUAAGUAAUUGGGAUGUUGAUCCAGAAGAAGAGGAAAGAAAGGAAAAAGAAGCAAAAGAAGCAGAAGCUAAAAAGAAAGCAGAAUUAAAAGCAAAAGAAGAUGAAUUAAAACGUAAAAAAGAUAAGAAAAAACAAGACAUGGAAGAAUUCGAUGGAUUGGAUGAAAGAACAAGAAGGGAAUUAUUGAAAAAAGCAGAAUUGAAUGCUGAUUUAAAUAAUGCAGCAGAUUUAUUUGGAGGUUUGGGAGUUGCAGAAGAUGAUAAUGACGAAUUUGAUAUAAAUGAACAUCCAAGAGAAAAAGCAAGAAAAGCUGCUAUAUUAGAAGCAGCACAAAAAAGACCAGUAUUAACAAAAGAUACACCAUUAGAAGAACAUCCUUUAUUUCAACCAACUGAUAAACAAGAAUAUGAAAGAUUGAGAAAAGCAGUUGGUGCAUCAUUAACUGCAUUAAAUGAAGAUAGUUCAUUAUUAUAUGCAUCAAGUUUAGCAAUUGAUUUAAUUAGAGAUUUAACUCAACCAUUAUCGGUAGAAAACACAAGAAAAGUUAUAAGUACGUUGAAUGUUAUAAUAAAAGAUAAAGAAAGAUUAGAAAGACAAGCAAGAUUGAAAAAAACCGGUGGGACUGCUACUGGUGGUGCUGGGAAAAAGAAAGCCAAACCAGCUGCAAGACCUAAUGUUGGUGGUUUUAAAAAGGAUGAUAUGGAUGAUGGAUUUGAUGAUUUUGAUGAUGAUGAUUUCAUGUAA